AUGACCACUUUACUACUAGUAUUUGUGUGUUUGCGAGUCAUCACUGCAGCCCUCUCUGUGGAAGUUCUAGAUCAUGGUGCCACAUUGAGUGUGAGCAUACCUUUGCGUUCCACCCUGCGUGUGCCCCUGGGGAAAACUCUGACCAUCCCCUGCUACUACAUUGACACAUUGGAGCAUGUUACCACAUCUCCAUCCACUGCUCCUCUGUCCCCAAGGAUCAAAUGGAGCAAACUGUCAGAUGGCGAAGAAAUUGCCUUGCUAGUGGCCAUGGAUGGGCAUGUGAGAAUCAACACUGCCUACAAAGAGGUGGUCUCUCUGCCCAAUUACCCUGCCAUACCUACUGAUGCCACCCUGGAAAUCAAGGCGCUUCGGUCCAAUGAUACUGGGAUCUACCGCUGUGAGGUGAUCCAUGGCAUUGAAGACAGCCAGGACACAGUAGAAGUGAAAGUGAAAGGCAUCGUGUUCCAUUACAGAGCUAUCUCCACCCGCUAUACCUUGAACUUUGAGAAGGCCAAGCAGGCAUGCAUCCAGAACAGUGCUGUCAUUGCAACCCCUGAGCAGUUGCAGGCUGCCUAUGAUGAUGGAUUUGACCAGUGUGAUGCUGGAUGGUUGGCUGAUCAGACUGUCAGGUACCCAAUGCAUCAUCCUCGAGAAGGUUGUUAUGGUGACAAGGAUGAAUUGCCCGGAGUGAGAACAUAUGGUAUUCGGGAACCGGAUGAGACAUAUGAUGUGUACUGUUAUGCAGAUGAAAUGGAAGGUAAAGUUUUCUACGCCACCUCCCCAGAGAAGUUCACUUUCUUGGAAGCUGCAGAGAAAUGUCGUAGCCUUGGUGCUCGUUUGGCAACAACAGGAGAGCUGUAUUUGGCCUGGAAAGAUGGCAUGGACGUCUGCAGUGCUGGCUGGCUGGCAGACCGCAGCGUUCGCUACCCUAUCACCAAGGCACGGCCCACUUGUGGUGGCAACCUGGUGGGGGUUCGCACAGUGUACCUCUACACCAAUCAGACAGGGUAUCCUUACCCCCAUUCCCGCUAUGAUGCCAUCUGCUACACUGGUGGGGACUUUGGCAAGAUUGUCCAUGAGAACUUCACAGAGGAUACAGUUGAUGAGUUGGGCAGUGGCUUCACCAUCCAGACUGUCACUGAGACAGAUGUCGAAUUGGAGCUUCCACGCAAUGUCACUGAGGAGGAAGCCCGGGGAAGCAUUGCGACAUUGGAACCAAUUGGCUUUACAGUCACCACCUCUGAGGUGGAUGAAGGCUUCACUGCAGCUCCAGAUCUCAUUGCUGUUGGCUUCACUGAUGAGACAGAGAAUCGGACUGAGGAGGCCAUUGAGGAGGGUCUAGAAAACAUCACCGUCUCAGUCCUGGAUGCUCUUCUCACCACUGAAACCCCAGAGGUGAGCUCAGUGGAAGACAGCCUGUGGACCAUAGUGACAUCAGAACCAGAGUCUGCCUCACCUUUUACCGUUGAAGACCAGAUUGUCCCAGGCACAGCUGCUCCGGAUAUUGCUUUUAUCCCCAGGCAGCCCAAAGGUCGUCUGAGUCCCACAGGUGUUGUCUUUCAUUACCGACCAUCUACCAAUAGAUAUUCCCUGACUUUUGUCAAAGCUCAGCAAGCCUGCCUAGAUAAUAACGCUGUGAUCGCCACUCCUGAACAACUGCAGGCUGCCUACGAGGAAGGCUAUGAUCAGUGUGAUGCCGGCUGGCUGAGAGACCAGACGGUCAGGUACCCCAUUGUAGUUCCACGGAGCAAAUGUGAAGGAGACAAGGAUGAUCUCCCAGGGGUGCGAACCUAUGGGAUGCGGCCAGCAUCAGAGAUGUAUGAUGUAUACUGCUAUAUCGACAGACUGAAUGGCGAGGUCUUCUUUGCAACACAGCCAGAACAGUUCACCCUGCUAGAAGCCCGAGAAUACUGUGAGAGCCAGAAUGCCACUCUGGCUUCCACUGGACAACUCUAUGCUGCCUGGAGACUGGGCCUGGACGACUGCCGUGCUGGCUGGCUGGCUGAUGGCAGUAUCCGGUAUCCCAUAGUCAACCCACGCCCUGCAUGUGGGGGCGAGAAGCCUGGUGUGAGAACCAACUACUUGUACCCAAAUCAGACAGGAUUCCCUGACCCGCAAUCCAAGUACCAUGCCUUUUGUUUUAGAGCUCUACCAUCUUUAUAUGAGGACAUAGAAGAAGACCUCAUUGCAGCCCAGCUGGUCCCUGGGGUUGAGGAAGUCCCUUCUGGAGAAGAAACAACUGUAGAAAUGGAGUUUGCCACUGAUUCUGAAAAUCAGACUGAGUGGGGAACAGAAAUAUUUCCAACAAAUAUAUCCUUGUUAUCUGUGAGCCCAUCAGCUGUUCCUUUUCCAGUUGAUGUGAUACCUGAUGAAAGAAGUACAGAAGCUCCAAUCACAGAGACAUCUGCUUCUGGGUGGACAUCUGGAAUUCCAGAUAUAAGUGGAAUGAUUGUACCUAGCGGAGAACCCUCCGAAUUUGAAGAAAGUGGAUUUCCUUCUGGAGUCCCUGAUUUCAGUGGGGUCCUUUCUGGAGAGAGUGGGAUACCAUCAGGAGACAUAAGUGGCCUAUCUUCUGGCAUUAUUGAAGUCAGCAUCUUACCUUCUGGGGAUGAAGAAUUAUCAGGGAUUGGCUCAGGAGUCCAAGAGCGAGUGCCAGGACUUCAAGAAGGCAAAGGCAUUGAAGAAAUUAGUGGACUGCCUUCUGGAUUUAGUGGAGAAGGUUCUACUGUUCAACUUUUCAGUGGUUUACCAUCUGGAGAGUAUGAUUAUAGUGGUCUUGCAUCUGGAUUCCCUACUGUAUCUCUUGUGAAUGCCACUUUGGUGGAAGUUGUAACCACAGCAACAGAAAGGGAAAUCGAAGGAAAGGGAACAAUUGGUAUCAGUGGAGAUGGAGACUUAUCAGGUUUGCCCUCUGCUGACUGGGACAUUAGUGGGAUAGUGAGUGGGUUGCCCUCAGGAGUUGACACCAGUGGAAUAGCUGAUAUCAGUGGGAUUUCCUCAGGAUUUGAUACCAGUGGGGAGCUGUCUGGGGUACCUGAUAUCAGUGGAUUACCAUCAGGAUUUGACAUUAGUGGACAAUCAUCUGGUCUACCAGAUAUCAGUGGGUUAUCCUCAGGAAUUGACAUCAGUGGAGCACCUUCAGGAAUACCUGAUAUAAGUGGCUUUGUGGACCUAAGUGGCCAGACUUCAGCUACUGAUGAAAGUGGUGAAUCUUCAGGGGUCACUUUUAUAGAUACUAGUUUGUUUGAAGUGACAACACCUUUGGCUAAAGAAGAAGAAGGAAAAGGGCUUGUAGAAAUGAGUGGAUUGCCUUCAGGAGAUGAUUUAUCAGGAACAGUGUCUGGAACAAUAGAUGUGAGUGGACAAACUUCUGGACAAAUAGACAUCAGUGAGUGGACUUCAGGAGCUCAUGAAGUCAGUGGAUUUCCAAGUGGACUAACAGAACUGAGUGGAGAAAGUUCUGGUGUUGGUCUCACCAGUGGUUUGCCAUCUGGAAUGUAUGAUUAUAGUGGGCUCUCAUCUGGGUUUCCCACUGUCUCUCUUGUGGAUACAGCUUUGGUGGAAGUUGUAACACAGCCAUCUGUUGCCCAGGAACUAGGAGAGGGGACUUCUGGUGCAUUAGAAAUUAGUGGGUUUAUCUCAGGAGAGAGGGAGACUUCUGGAGAAACAUCUGGCAUGACAACAACUGGUGGAUUACCAUCAGGGAGCAUUGAUAUCAGUGGCACAUCAUCAGGUAUUCCGUAUUUCAGUGGUGAAAUUGCUGGUGUCACUGACUUAAGUGGAGAGUCCUCAACUGUAGCUGGUACUAGUGGUGAUUUUUCUGGAAUUCCGGAAAUCACCUUAGUCACUACUGAUUUAGCAGAAGCUGUGACCACCCCAGGGCUUUCACAGGAAUUGGCUGGUGGAGCAGAGGUGGCCCAUCCACACCUUCCUGAAUCAAGUGGGGAAGCCUCCACAACUAGUGGAGAGACUUCUGCAUAUCCAGAAAGUACCAUCAAAUCACCCGAAUACUAUGAUGUUAGUGGAAAAACAUUCCCAUUUCAUGAAACUGGUGUAGAAGCAUCUGCCAUUCAUGAAAUGAGUGGGGAAGCCUCGGCAUUGCCAGAAAGCCGCCUAGAAACAUCAACCCUUUAUGAAACAAGUACAGAAACUUUUACAUCACUCGAGGCACCUUCUGCCAGCGGAUUGCCUUCUGGAGCAUUUGAAGAAAGAAGCCAGAUCCAUGGGGACAGUUCAGGGCCACCCCCUCAACCAGUCCCAGAUGUCUCAGAGAAACCUGCCACUGAUCAUCCAGAGGCUGAGCUAACUGAGCCCUCUAAGCACCUGGAGGAAACCAGCAUUGAAACAAAUGCCUACACGUCUGUAAUACAAAGACUGGAAACAGAAGGUGUGUCUACUCCAGAAGUUCCACCAAUGCCAGCUAUUGCCACUGAUGUCACACCUAAAGUUCCACCAGAGGUGACUGAUGAGACAGAGACCAUAACACAAGACAUUGAUGAGUGCCACACCAGCCCCUGUCUGAAUGGAGCUACCUGCGUCGAUGGCAUCCACAUUUUCACAUGCUUAUGCCUUCCCAGCUACGGAGGGGACCUCUGUGAUAUUGAUCUGGCUGAAUGUGAAGCAGGCUGGACCAAGUUCCAAGGCAACUGUUAUAAGCAUUUUGAAGAGAAACACACAUGGGUGGAUGCAGAGAACCUGUGUCGAGAACAUCAGUCCCAUCUAAGCAGUAUCACCACGCCUGAAGAGCAGGAAUUUGUGAACAACAAUGCACAAGAUUAUCAGUGGAUUGGCCUUAGUGACAGAGCUGUUGAAGACGACUUCCGCUGGUCGGAUGGGCAGCCCCUUCAAUAUGAGAACUGGAGGCCCAACCAGCCUGAUAACUUCUUUGCCAAAGGAGAAGACUGUGUGGUCAUGAUCUGGCAUGAGAAAGGAGAGUGGAAUGACGUGCCCUGCAACUAUCACCUCCCGUUCACCUGCAAAAAAGGGACAGUGGCCUGCGGAGAGCCGCCCAUGGUGGAGAAUGCCAAGCACUUUGGCAAGAAGAAAGAACGCUACGAGAUCAAUGCCAUGGUGCGGUACCAAUGCAACCAGGGAUAUAUACAGCGCCAUGUGCCCACCAUCCGUUGUCAACCCAAUGGGCACUGGGAGGAGCCACGGAUAGCCUGUAUAGAUCCCUCCACCUACAAACACAGACUGCACAAGCGAAGCCCACGGACUCGAUCAAGGACCAAUGGAGGACUGGCACAGAGAACCACCCAUUAG